AUGCCCGCCACGCAGAACUUCCCCAUUGGUUCUGACGAGAACUUGCUCAGGUACGAAGAGAAGGAUGCGUACCAUCUUUUAAUGUUCACCUCGCCUCCCGACAACCGUUUCUCUCCGGAGUUCGCUCCAGCGUUCAUCCAGGCCAUCACAUGGAUUCAGACCGAGUGCGAGCCCAAGCCCCUGGUCACCACCUCGUCCACACCGAAGUUCUACUCCAAUGGCCUUGACUUUGAGCGUGCUGUCGCCACCCCUGGCUUCUUCAAUGACGCUUAUUACCCUAUGAUGAGGGUUAUGCUCGAGUUCCCUUGGCCAACCGUUGCUUGGGUCAAUGGCCACGCCUUUGCUGCCGGCUUUAUGAUUUCUGCUUGUCACGACUAUAUUGUCAUGAAUGGCGAGAAGGGCUACCUGUGCAUGAACGAGCUCGAGUUUGGCGCACCUUUGCUGCCUCCGAUGAUGUCUAUCUUCCGUGUUCGUUAUGGCACCCAACUCGCCCACAAGAUCGCUCUGACUGCUCACCGCUUCACUGGUAAAGAGGCUCUGAGCGACGGGCUGAUUACCGCCUUGGGUGCGUUGCCAGAAGUCGAGGAAAUCGUCAACAAGGUCUCCAAGUUCGCUGGCAAGGUCUCGUACGGUGCUAUCCGUAAAGAGCUUUUCCGCGAGGUUCUCAACGACACUCUGAACUAUAACGAAGAUACCGAAAAGCUUUCUGCUAGCACGGCCCGUGAGGAGGAGUUUUACGAGAAAAUCGUCAAUGAGUAUCGCGCCAAGCUUUGA